AUGGAAGAGAAAUUAAAAGAAUGUCUUCUUCAUUGGAAUAGAGUUGGAAGCCCAGAUACUUUUCGAGACAAUACGCUUAAAAGCUUCUGCAACCAAACAGCAUCUAUACCUUUUCAGAACCCAGAAUAUUUGAUUGCAAGACUUUCAGGUUUAACUAUAGCUGAAGCAUCUGAUGCUUUAAUGCUGGCUGAAGAGAUAAGGCACUCGGGAAUAGAGAGGGUAUUAGCCAAACUAGAAGCACUCGGCCAGAAAAUCCCUUCAGUUUCAGUAGCAAAAAGACCUAGAAAGAAUAAAAAAUCCAAAAAUCAGGAACCAAAACUCAAAAAGAUGCAAAAAUUAUAA